UGUUCAUUGAAGCGUGACAAAAACAUCUGUUUUUAAAACAGCUGCAGUUUUGUUUUACAGUUUGCUGCAUUGCAAAUUGUUCCAUUCCUCCAUCUCCUACCAUCUCACACUGAAAUGCAGAGAGAUUGAACAGCAUCUGUAACAUCUGCACACUGAGUCAAGAGCUCCUGGAUCCUGAAUUCCCAUUGGUCAGAUUUCUUCCCGCCACACGUUUGUAGGUUCUGAUGCCAGUCUGUGGUGAGAGAUGGAGCAGAUCGUGAAGUCCCUCAUUUACCUCGCCUUUACAGUUCCGCUGGCCUCAGCAGCCUCCCACUCUCUUCGCUACAUCUUCACAGCAGUCACACCAGGAAUUAACUUCCCAGAGUUCACUGUGGUGGGUCUGGUGGAUGGGGGCCAGUUUGUGUACUAUGACAGUAACAUCAGGAAGUUCAUCCCAAAGACAGACUGGAUCGAGAAGAACGAGGAUAAGGAGUGCUGGGACGCAGAGACACAGGAUCAUCUGAGAGUUCAGGAGAUCUUCAAAGCUAAUCUGGCUACAGGAAUGAUGCGCUUCAAUCACACUGAAGGUGUUCACACAGUGCAAGCGAUGUACGGCUGUGAGCUGAUUGAUGAUGGAACCAAGAGAGGAUACCACCAGGAAAGUUAUGAUGGAGAAGAUUUCAUCAGUCUGGAUAUGAACACACUCACCUGGACUGCAGCCAACACUAAAGCUUUUACUACCAAACAGAAGUGGGAUUCGGAUGUGAGUCGGACUAACAGGUGGAAGAACUACCUGGAGAAUGAGUGUAUCGAGUGGUUACAGAAGUAUGUGGAAUAUGGAAGAUCUACUCUGGAGAGGAAAGUCUCUCCUGAGGUGUUUCUGUUCCAGAAGAACUCUUCUUCUCCAGUGGUGUGUCAUGCAACAGGUUUCUUCCCCAAAGCAGUGAUGAUCUCCUGGCAGAAGAAUGGAGAGGAUCUGGAAGAGGAUGCGGAGCUCAGAGAAUUGCUGCCCAAUCAGGAUGGAACCUUCCAGAAGAGGAGCAUUUUGACUGUCUCAUCUGAGGAGCUGAACAAACACAACUACACCUGCGUCAUUCAGCACAUCAGCCUGGAGAAAGAGAUGGUGCUACCAGUGACUGAUCACAGAGUCCUGCCACGAGAUGGAGAGUCAGUUGGCAUCAUUGUUCAUGGAGGCAUGGCUGUUCUCCUGCUUGUCAUGAUUGGCUGUGUUGGAGUUUUCAUUUGGAAGAAGAUGUGAGAGAACGUGAGGCUCAGGUCUAACCGUGUGUUUACCAGCAUCCAACUGACAGCUUAAUUAAACUCAAUUCAGAUCACUUUUACUGUGGCCAGUGUGGACAUGUACACACCCCAAGCACUCUGGGGACAGAUUUUAAUAUGGACUCAAGUCAGGGACUCCAAUCAGUGAUUGAGACUCAAGUCCGACUUCUUGAGUUUUGUCCUUUAGACCGAAACAUUUUCUGUAAUAAAAGUUAUUUGAAGCCGUGUUAACAGGUUUUAGGGUCGGGAUCAGGGUCUGCUUUUGUACAAUGCAAUGCCUGCAGCUAAUAAUGAAACUAAAUUUAAUAUCUCUGUUAAAACCUCCUGCGACCCUGAGGGAGAAGUGGCUUAGAAAAUGGAUGGAUGUUAAAGCCUUGAGACUCAUAAACCUGUGUAAAACCUGAAAUUGUUCCUGGGGCAGGCUCAGUUACAUUGGGCUGUAUUUUUUAUCGAUGGCUUUAACACAGCAGCCUGAUUGCGAGUGUUGCAGUACUGGGGUCUGGUCUAAGUCUUGUCUUGGUCUCGACAUCAUUUGGCCUCAGUCUUAUAUUGUGAUAUAUCUUAUUGUGAAAACCUAUCAUGGUACUUUUUUGCCAUAUUUCCCACUUUUAAGUGCACAACUACUGCAGAUUUGGAAAAAAUAGAAAUAAAGCUAGAAACAGACCGAUCAGCAUUUUUGGGGCCGAUACGGAUCGCCAAUCACCUUUCAGCACAAUCAGCCGAGCUGAUACCGAUCAAGGGUGGGGCUGGAUGCCUCGUUUAUAGAUGCAGCAAACUAUUCUGAAGAAUGACUGUUGGUAUUUGAACUCAACAGCAAAAUAAACACACCCCCACAAUCAGUGCUCUUUCAGAAGCUCCGCCCCCAAAUUCAGGGCCACAACAAGACUUCUGUAGGUCUUCAUGGCCAUAAAUCCUUUCGCAAAGAUUGCCAGACUGUGUACAGUUUAAAUGCUGAAGUGGAAAUGUUUUAGAUUUCUAUGAUUUAUGGGUUUCAGCUUGUUUUAUUCUAUCAGCAACAUCACUGGAUCAGAAACAUUACAGUCCGUUCAGGAAAGUUCAUGUCAUUCAUUUUUAAUUGCAUACAAGAAAAUAUGCAAGGGAAUUUUAAAGUGAGACACAGUGGUGUCUUUAAAAUUCCCUGAACCUAAACUGUAAAUUCUGACUAUUUUCUUCAUUGCUUUCCAAACACAGAGCUCUGAGUUUUCAGUCAUUAAAGUGCGGAUAUUAUUCUUU